ACCAUGCUCACCCACUAAUGUCAUCGCCUCCCUGGAUUGCGUGUCCAACAUCGCCACGGUAACCUGGCAGGACACCAAUGGGGCGGAAUACUACACCGCCACCAUGACGACAGGCAGCAACCAAUCGUAUCCCUGCAUGUCUCCCUCCAGCCAAUGCAGCUUUCCCGACUUGGCAUGUGGGCUGCUCUACUCCGUGUCUGUCUCCGCCUCCAACUCCCAGUGCAACUCCAGCACCACCGUGGGCGCCAGCCUCCAGUCAGUUCCAUGCAUUCCUACGGGCGUUUCCGUGGUGAUGGACUGUGCCAACAACCAGGCUGUAGUGUCGUGGUUGUCCAGCCAGGGAGCGACGUGGUACUCUGCGUCAGCGUACAGCAGCAAGGGCAACUCCACCUGUCAGAGAAGCUCCGCCCUCACCUGCACCCUCGCCAACAUCACCUGCGGCGCCAACUACAGCGUGCAGGUGGUCGCCGGGGACAACAAAAACUGCUCCAGCUUGCCCAGUCAGGCAGCGACGUUCAACUCAGGACCAUGCUCACCCACUAAUGUCAUCGCCUCCCUGGAUUGCAUGUCCAACAUCGCCACGGUAACCUGGCAGGACACCAAUGGGGCGGAAUACUACACCGCCACCAUGACGACAGGCAGCAACCAAUCGUAUCCCUGCAUGUCUCCCUCCAGCCAAUGCAGCUUUCCCGACUUGGCAUGUGGGCUGCUCUACUCCGUGUCUGUCUCCGCCUCCAACUCCCAGUGCAACUCCAGCACCACCGUGGGCGCCAGCCUCCAGUCAGUUCCAUGCAUUCCUACGGGCGUUUCCGUGGUGAUGGACUGUGCCAACAACCAGGCUGUAGUGUCGUGGUUGGCCAGCCAGGGAGCGACGUGGUACUCUGCGUCAGCGUACAGCAGCAAGGGCAACUCCACCUGUCAGAGAAGCUCCGCCCUCACCUGCACCCUCGCCAACAUCACCUGCGGCGCCAACUACAGCGUGCAGGUGGUCGCCGGGGACAACAACAACUGCUCCAGCUUGCCCAGUCAGGCAGCGACGUUCAACUCAGGACCAUGCUCACCCACUAAUGUCAUCGCCUCCCUGGAUUGCGUGUCCAACAUCGCCACGGUAACCUGGCAGGACACCAAUGGGGCGGAAUACUACACCGCCACCAUGACGACAGGCAGCAACCAAUCGUAUCCCUGCAUGUCUCCCUCCAGCCAAUGCAGCUUUCCCGACUUGGCAUGUGGGCUGCUCUACUCCGUGUCUGUCUCCGCCUCCAACUCCCAGUGCAACUCCAGCACCACCGUGGGCGCCAGCCUCCAGUCAGUUCCAUGCAUUCCUACGGGCGUUUCCGUGGUGAUGGACUGUGCCAACAACCAGGCUGUAGUGUCGUGGUUGGCCAGCCAGGGAGCGACGUGGUACUCUGCGUCAGCGUACAGCAGCAAGGGCAACUCCACCUGUCAGAGAAGCUCCGCCCUCACCUGCACCCUCGCCAACAUCACCUGCGGCGCCAACUACAGCGUGCAGGUGGUCGCCGGGGACAACAACAACUGCUCCAGCUUGCCCAGUCAGGCAGCGACGUUCAACUCAGGUGAGAGAAGGAUGUCCUUCAUCAGCCCAGGUUCAGGUCAGGACCAGGAAUGA